AUGAGUGCUACGGUCAGUCUCUUCAAGGAUGCCUCUACAACCAGUAUUCUCAUCAUGACUUGCAAGAUUCAGAAGGGGAAAGGCAUACAAGUCCCCGUCAAAGCAGGCGAUGUUGUCAUCCUACCCGCUGGCACAGCCCAUUCAUCUCUCGAAAGCUCUUUGGAUUACAGGUACAUUGGUGUAUAUCCUAAGGGCUGUCCGAAGUGGCGAAAUGAGAUGGGAAAGAAGUCCUCGAGCCUGUUUCUGGAUACUAUGGACGAAGUAGAUAUACCGGAAGACGAUCCUGUGUAUGGUUCUGGUGGACCAUUGCCUAUGCUAUGGAGGCACACUCCUCGCGCCAAGUUAUAG